AUCAUGACAAGAAAAGAUAUUUAGUAGGAACGAUGAACAAAUAGAUAUUUAGUAGAAACGUUGAACAAAGAGAUAUUUACUUAACAGAUAUUUAGUAGGAACGAUGAACGACUAGAUAUUUACUUAACAGAUAUUUAGUAGGAACUAUGAGUACUUAAAAGUUCACCGAAAGACAAACACUGAGAAUACACGUUGAAGAGUAAAUGAUUAAAGAAUAGGUUCCACCAAAGAAAGUCAUAGAUUGAAAAUCAAUAAUUGUACAUACAUAAUUAAAAGACAGGAUCAAAGCUCUGUGUUUCAGUAUUUCCAGUUUCUUUCAAAAGUGAGCUUUAUUUAUAACGUUACUGAAAAUUUUCUAAUGACCCUUAAAAACCAUUGGAUCCAAACUCUUACUUGAGUAUUCCCAGAAAUAUUCCAAUUCUCAUGUUAUUUCACCUGAAGAGAACCAGACAUUUAGAUACUUGGGAAUUCUCAGAAUAGAGUUUGCAACUACUAGCCAGAUUUAAACAUAUACUAAUGACAAUAUAAUAAGAUCUAGCUUAUCAAGACUCGACACAAGACAAAAUUGAUAUUAAAGUCGGACAUAAAUAAAUGAUUUCCAAGUUCAAUGUUGGAAAAGUGGUAGUACUUAUACACAAGCAUCUUGGGGUUGGAGGAGGUAUGGGCCAAUGGCACAAUCAGCACUCAAGUCUCAUUUGAUAAACAAAUCAAAAAGGAAGAAAUCCCACUUUCUUAGAAAAAAUAUUAUUAGAUAAAAUACUCAUUCCCAACAGUAAUCAGUAAGCAUCUCGAGCUAUAUAAAACUUGUAAGACAACUUUGAAUUCCUCAAAACUUUAAGAAACAAUAACCAAACAAAGUAAAGCAAAGCAUAGAGAAGAGACUCUGAUCUUAAGCUUUUUCAAAGAGUAAAAAAUGUCUGCAUAUGAGUUACCUUCUUCAGCUCAAGCCUUCCAAGAGCAACUCACUGGCGGUUUUGUCUCUAGAAAGCUGCUUCUGCACAACCCGUUUGACCACAACACUCAACGAGACUUUGCGGUUUCACCAUCUCCUCUCAUUACCCAUGUGAACAACCUCAGGGGGAAUGUUCUGAUGCUUCUCUCAAUCCUCAUUUGUGGCAUCAUCUGCUGCCUCGGGCUGCAUUACAUCAUUCGUUGUGCAUCCAGACGUUCUUCACGUUUCAUGAUCUCUGAGCCUAUACCUAGUCAUCCAACAACACGGGGUUCAUCAAACAAAGGAAUCAAGAAGAAAGCUCUUAGAAUGUUCCCAGUUGUGAGUUACUCACCAGAGAUGAACCUGCCGGGGCUUGGCGAAGAGUGUGUCAUUUGUUUGUCCGAUUUUGUUUCUGGUGAACAGCUCAGGCUGCUCCCCAAGUGCAACCACGGAUUCCAUGUUCGUUGCAUAGACAAGUGGCUUCAACAGCAUUUGACAUGUCCAAAAUGCAGACACUGUCUGGUCGAGACAUGCCAAAAGAUAUUAGGUGACUUCAGUCAAGCUGAUUCAGUUGCGGCAGAACCAACAGAAAUCGUGAUUGUCAUGAUUGCUCCUCUAGAACCUGAAGGAAGAGUAAACACUUGUAGAGAAAUCAGCUAGAUGCAAAGAAAGGCAGAAACCAUCAGCAAUUCAAAAUUGGUGCUCCAAUUAGUUAAAAGAUUUGUACUUCUAAUUUUUUUGUCUUUCUUUUUUGCCUGUAGCACAAAGUGUAUACAGACUACAGAGAGAUUAUGUCUCACUUUUCAGUAGCAUCUCACGAAUUCAUCAAACUUCUCUUUGUAAUUAUUUUUACGGUGGAAUGUGAAUUUUGCAAUCUUA